AUGAUUUGUAGAUUUCGCGCGUUGUUGAUUGUUUGCUGUUGUGGUGGUGAUGGAUGGUUAGCCAUGAGUGGCGGCAAUAUGGCCAGUGGUGGUGAUUUUUUUGGGAAUCGAGGUGGUAACGGCGAGGUGGCUGCAACCGGGGCGGUAGUUGACAUGGAUGAUGGUAGGUGUGGCUUUGGGUUGGUUAGUGGAGGAGAUGAUCCGAUGGGUGGCAGUGGUGGUUUUUCAGUGGUUUAG